AUGAGUACCGAUCAGCGCGCCGUAUCUCCUAUGUCCAGCCUGGCCGUCGACCAUCGAGAGUCGCUUCCAGACCGGCCACAGCCCUCACCGAGAUCUAGCCUCAAUCGACCUCGCGAUGGUGAGGUCGGAGGGACUAGGUCUGAGAGAGUGCCAUCUCCAGAUAUUUCGUCGCACGGAGCUGGCGAAUACUCUUCCGUUCCGACUGACGAGAAACCGGCCGAUGAUGUUCAGCCGCGCAACAGUAAUUUGGGAUUCGCGACGAUUCUCGCAGACGUCACUUCGAUCAUCUUUCCAGUGGGCGUCGUCGUUUUCACCGUACUGGUAUUCCGCUUGAACGGCUCCGAGGUCGGCGAUAACCUGCGAGAUUGGCGGAGCGCCAUCAACGUGUUCGCCACUCUCUUCCCUAUUCUCUACGCGUCUGUCGUGGGGCGCCUCAUGUUCGAGUUUGCCCGAUGGCGGCUCGAAAGCGGUGCCACGCUGGGUUUCCUCGAGCAGCUCAUGGGAAGCAGAACCGUGGGCUCAACCGUGACCACCAUCUUCGCGCUUCGGUCGCUGAACAUCCUGGCGAUUGGCCUGUUGCUCAUCUGGUCCAUCUCGCCCAUCGGAGCGCAGGCUAUCUUGCGCAUGUUAGAGACCCAAACACAGCCCAUCGUUGAGCCUACGAAUAUUACAUACUUCAACAACCGAGCACUACCUGAGAGCAUCUUUUUCAGAUUGCCGCCGAGCACGUCUGAUGACGGCAAUAGUCAUGCGCUGUUCGCCAGCUUGGCGACACUCUACACCAUUCUCAUUUCAACGCCGAAAGACAUCAAGAGUGAAACGAUGGACCUCUGGGGAAAUGUCAAGAUACCAGUUCUGGACUCGGAUUCGGCCGAAUGGAAGGACAUCCCAGAUAAUUCCACGGAUAUUCAGUACUAUUCUCUGACCGGAAUCCCCAUCAGAUCUACAGGUGCCGGCAACACGACUCUCUCUCUUGAAUCCAGCCACAUCCACGUCGACUGUCCAACCGCCAACAGAUUCAUUUACUCACCCUCAGCAGCCCAAAAAUGGAAAGACAUCAAAGCAAACGUAACCGGUACGGGUGGCCUUCUUUCACCGACGGAGAAUGGAACGUGGAUCGGGCUUGAUUCCAACAGCACCAGCAGCAGAGACAUCCCUGCGCAGUGGUCGAUUGCGAUGAACAGGUGGGCCGACGACCUCUGGUAUCCCUUGUGGACGGAACCCAACAGAUCUCUGGAUAUUUUCGCCAACGAGACGAACAUCGAAGCCGGCCCGACUGAACUCCUCCUUCGAAUCAACCUGCCGGCAAACACGUUCCAGAGGACGCCCAACCAGAUAGAGAUCACCUGCAGCAUCAAGCAGCAAUACGUCGAAUCCAACGUCAGCUGUUCGAGCACGGGCAGCCAACGCGACUGCAAAGUCAUCGCCCAACGCCCGUCUCAAAAGGCGCACGCGCCGGAGGACAUAACACAGCUCUCCUUCUUCCAGGAGUUCAUCUGGGUUGCCAGGGAGCUGCCCAUCGCCACGGGUAGACCCCUAUCCGGCAUGACCGACCCGUCUCUCUUCUACCUCAAAGAUCCCACCUUUGAGAGCUUCUCAAACGGGUCGUCGGUAGGGAUCCAAGAUAUCGACGAGCGUGACGUCGGACCGCGUUUCGGACAGCUGCUCAACACGUACGUGUCCCUUAGCCAGCUUUCCGGCUCGAUAACGAACGCCGGCAAAAACGAUGCCGUGGCGCUCGCGUCCAAUAUCACGACGCAUGAAGCGCUUUCGACGACUUCGACUCAGAUAUACGUUGUUUCCCAGCUGUGGAUCGGCCUUUGCUUCUUCUCGACGUGCGUACUCGUCAUUGCCGGUAUCCUCGGCGUCGUCAUUACUCAUCUGACGUAUGGCCCCGAGACACUGGGCUACGUGUCGACGAUGAUUCGGCAUUCCAAGUUUGUCGAGAUCCCGCGGAAGACGGAUUGGUUGGAUGGAUCGGACCUUACGAACAAGCUGAAGGGGGCUCGUCUUCGGUUCGGAUACACGCGCCAGGACGACGCUGCAGAUCCAGUUCUGGCUGUUGGACAUGAGCAGAAAACGGAUCGCAUCAAAGACUUUGUCGUCAGAAAGUAG